AUGUCUGCUGUCAACAUCUCAGGCUUCAGCUCUCUUCCUGGUAGUAUAAAAGACUUUCUCUACUAUCGUCACUGUCGCCAUUUCCCCAUGCUACUGGACAUCCCUGACAAAUGUGGAGGAGCUGAUGAAUCUGCAGAAGUCUUCCUUCUGCUGGUCAUUAAAAGUUCCCCUGUGAACUACGAGCGCCGAGAGGUGCUGCGCAAAACCUGGGCUAAAGAGAGGUUACACAAUGGUGUGUGGAUCAGAAGGAUCUUCAUCUCAGGAACAAUGGAUACAGGUUUUGAGAAGGAGAGACUGAACACAAUCCUUGAACUGGAGCAAUGCGAGUACAAUGACAUCCUUCAAUGGGACUUCAAUGAAUCAUUCUUCAACCUCACCUUGAAGCAGAUUCUCUUCCUUGAAUGGAUGGAAAGAAACUGUCCAAAUGCUCGCUUUCUGCUAAAUGGUGAUGAUGACGUCUUUGCCAACACAGACAACAUGGUUGAGUAUCUCCAAAGCCUCAAGGACAAUGAUGGAAGCAAGCACCUUUUUACUGGCCAUCUGAUCCAGAAUGUGGGGCCCAUUAGGGAUUCACAGAGCAAGUAUUUUAUCCCAGUUCAGGUGCAGGAGUCAGACUCAUACCCCCCCUACUGUGGUGGUGGGGGCUUCCUCUUAUCUGGACUUCGUCCUGUUUCCCAUGCGGGUGUGAAGACAGCAGGACUGCACAUUCCCUCUAAGAAAAUAGAUCUGUAUGACCCUUGCUAUUAUAGAGACCUUUUAUUGAUACACAGAUUCUUACCAGCUAAGAUAUAUUUUAUGUGGCAUAGAAUAUUUGACCCUAAUCUGAAAUGUAAUAUUAAUUGA